CGCACACGGAACGCCCUGUGGUGUAGACGAUUUUUGCUAGAUCUUUUGACGACAGCAUCACAUCCCACCCCAUCACGACAAGCUUGCACGACCAAAUUUCCCACCCAGUCACCCUUUAAACAGAUAAAAUGGCCAAGCUUUCGCGUGGUGCCCCCGGUGGCAAGCUCAAGAUGACUCUGGGUCUCCCAGUUGGUGCCAUCAUGAACUGCGCCGACAACUCGGGUGCCAGGAACCUUUACAUCAUCUCCGUCAAGGGUAUCGGUGCCAGGCUCAACAGGCUGCCGGCUGGUGGUGUUGGCGACAUGGUCAUGGCCACCGUCAAGAAGGGCAAGCCUGAGCUGAGGAAGAAGGUCCACCCCGCCGUCAUCGUCCGCCAGUCCAAGCCGUGGAAGCGCACCGACGGUGUCUUCCUGUACUUCGAGGACAACGCUGGUGUCAUCGUCAACCCCAAGGGUGAGAUGAAGGGCUCCGCCAUCACCGGCCCCGUGGGCAAGGAGGCCGCUGAGCUGUGGCCCCGUAUUGCCAGCAACUCCGGUGUCGUCAUGUAAAUGGGCUUGUUUAUCGAAAAGGGAAUAUAGAAGGGACUACCACAGCAGAUUCAGGGAGGUGUGCGAGGUUGCGUGGAUUGGUUUACGCGCCAGGGGAUAUUCCCUGGGCUUCGCGAAUUAGAAAAGCGAAGGCUUUCAUAAGGAAAAGCCGAACCCAGGGUCCGGCAUCGACCAUUUCUACCCUGCGCCACGGUUCUUUUUUUGGCAGGGCUUUGCAUUUCGGUUGGACGGCGGCGUGUUACGGAAAACUCAUACCAUUGCCAAUGAUUUCAAGGACGAUCAAGACCAAUAAGGCGUUUUUAUUUUUGUUUUGAAACCAUUUUCCGGUCUGCUGAACUCUUCUGCUUUCAAAACGCUGCUGUGAUGCUUGGGGUGUCUCGGUUGAUAUUGUUCGAUUUCUCUACGCUCUUUUCAGCGCACUAACAACAUAAUCUGACAGCAGUGCGAUCAUG